AUGAAUCAAACAAUUGAACCCGAUUCUAUGAGAAUUAAUUUACAACGUACAUAUAGAGAUGCCAUUAAUGCUUUGAAUUCAUUACAAUCAAAUUUUGCCUCAAUUGAAGCUACCAAGAAAUUAGGACCAAGUGUCAAUCGUAAUGAAUUAUCAAUAAAUGAAGUACAUGAAUUUACUAGAAGAUUAGGAUAUACCCCUACUGAUUUUAAUAAACUUAAUAUAAUUCAUAUUACCGGUACCAAGGGUAAAGGGUCAACUUGUGCAUUUACUGAAUCCAUAUUAAAACAAUAUCCAAUUUCUAAGAUCGGAUUAUAUACUUCACCACAUUUGAAAUCCGUUAGAGAAAGAAUUAGAAUCAAUGGUCAACCAAUAAAUCAAGAAAAAUUUGCUAAAUAUUUCUUUGAAGUUUGGGAUAGGUUUAGUACUACCAAAUCUGAUCCUCAACAAUGGCCAACUUUACAACCUUGUGAUGAAAUCAAACCAAUGUAUUUCAAAUAUUUAACAAUUUUGUCAUUCCAUGUUUUUUUACAAGAAGGGGUUGAUACAGCAAUUUAUGAAGUUGGAGUUGGUGGAACGUAUGAUUCAACAAAUAUAAUUGAUAAACCUACUGUUACAGGGAUAUCUGCAUUGGGAAUAGAUCAUACUUUUAUGUUAGGUGACAAUAUUGCCAGUAUUACAGAAAAUAAAACUGGUAUUUUUAAAAAAGGAGUUCCAGCAUUUGUUUCCAAACAAUUGGAAUAUCCUGAAACUCAUAAAUUGAUUGAAAAAAGAGCUAACGAAUUAGGAGUUUCUUCAUUAGAAUUUGUUGAUACUAAAGAUUUACCCAAUGUGAAAUUAGGAUUAUCAGGAGAUUUCCAAAAACAAAAUGCUGCAUUAGCAAUUAGAAUAGCUAAUUCUCAUUUACAAACAAUUGGUAUAACACAAGAUUUACCUGAAUUUGAUAAUGAUGGGGAAAUCAAAAAAUUGUCAGAUAAAUUUAUCAAUGGACUUGAAAAUGUUGAUUGGCCUGGUAGAUGUCAAAUAAUCAAUAAUAAUCCCAUUGGAAUAACUUGGUAUAUAGAUGGUGCUCAUACUAUAGAAUCGAUAAAUGCUUCAUCAACUUGGUUUAAACAAGAACAACUUAAAUUUGAUAAACCGAAAAGACGAGUAUUAUUGUUUAAUCAACAAGGUCGAGAAAAUUAUGCUGAGUUAUUAGAAAAAUUAUUUAAUGUCACAUAUGGUACAGGAUCUGACGAUCAAAUCAAAUUUGAUGAUGUUAUAUUUACUACAAAUACUACUUGGUCAUCAGGACAAUUUAAUUCGGAAUUAAUUUCUAAAAAUACUUCAGAAGAUGCCGUUAAAAAACUCGAAGUACAAAACAAUUUGAGUCAAGUAUGGAAGAGAUUAGAUGGUGGAGUUUCUAAAAGACAUGUUUUUGCUGAUAUUGAAACUGCAGUUAAUUAUUUGAAAAAUUUAGGGGAUGAAGAUUUACAAGUUUUUGUAUGUGGUUCAUUACAUUUAGUAGGUGGAUUUUUAGUCGUUCUUGAUAAUGAAAGAGAUUGA